GACCACACUAAAAUUCACUUCCUACCGUGACAGGUUCGAUAGAAAAAACAACGGGAAAAGAAGAGACGCAGACUGAAGUCGUGGCUGUACCGUUGUUUCGAUAACGAAAAUGAAAUUACUCGCCGUUUUGCUCGUCGCAGCGGUUGCUUCCGCCCAGACCCUCGACGACUGCCUGCAGCAGGACGCCAUAUCAUGCGUGCAGAAAAGCUUCUAUCAUCGAGUCAAGCAGUUCUUCGACCAGGAUAAGUGGGAGAUUGUGCGCGGUGUGAGCCUCGUCAAGUCCCAGGAUUCCCGCGGUGCGAAAAGUAGCGACGAUGUCAUCUACGAUCAGGAGAUCGAAGGCGCGAAGAGUAGUGUCGCCGAGCGUCAAAAUUCCCUGGAGAAUUUCGUAACUGAUAAAAUCAGCGGCUUCGUUAGUGGUCGCAGCCUCCAGAUCAACUUCUCGCCGAUGAUCGAGCAGGUCAGUAACUCCGCACGCGCCUUGACCGAAUCGGUACCCGAGGAAGUGAGCCAAGCGGUCGACGAGGUCGUUGAAGGACGUGGAAAGAAGAAGAUUCUCAAGUCCAUCCUGCCGCUUCUGUUGGCCGCAAAAUUGAAGAUCGGUGCCCUGGCUACUCUCGCCUACUUCGGAAUCGCUCUUUUGGCCAAGAAGGCCAUCAUUGCAUCUCUCAUUUCGAUCGCCAUAUCCGCCUUCAUUGGGUUCAAGGCCCUGAUGUCGCAGGGUCAUGACCACCACUCGUCUGCAACAGCCUACAACUCUGGUGGCUGGUCGUCUGGCGGUGGUGGUGGGUGGUCUUCCGGUGGUGGUGGCGGUGGCGGUGGCUGGUCUUCCGGUGGAUCUCCAGGUGGAUGGUCAUCCUCGGGCGGUUCCGGCGGCUGGGAAGAUCGUCAGGCAGCUCAGAGCCAGGCGUACUCCGGAUAUCAGCAUUAACGUUUUUACUCGAACACCAUGACUACAGGGAUUGGUUUUAAGCAAAUCGAAUAAUCGACGGCCAAGAAGCCAAGAUCCUGACGGACUCCAUGGUUUGAGAAAAGUAUUUGCUUCUCUAGCGAGUUUCC